UCUAUGGUUGUGAUAGUCGCACAAUUAUUUAUGAUUUAAAGUGGAAUAGGUAUGUCAUCGGACGAGGAGAAUGACGAACUACAAGAUCUAGAGGCGAUACGCGACAAGGUUCUUAGCAGCCCACAUAGCAAGCGUAUGCAAGUGAGCGCCUGGGAGGAUGACGAUGAUGGUGUGGAAGCAGAACGUAAUGCAAAAGAACCUGAUGCAAAGGCCAUAUUAAGCGCAGCUGAAGAGGGAAAUCUAGAGAAUAUUAAGAAUUUAUUGAGUAAAAACUACCAAUUACUCGACUGUACUGAUAAAGAUGGCUAUACUCCACUUCACAGAGCAUGUUAUGGCAAUAAUGUGGAAGUAGUGGAGUACUUACUUGAAGCAGGGGCUAAAAUAGACGCUAAAACCCAAGACGAAUGGCAACCUCUACAUUCUGCUUGCUGUUGGAACAACACAGAAUGUGCUGAAGCCUUAAUUGCAUAUGGAGCAGAUGUCAAUGCAAAAAGCAAAGGAGAUCAAACACCUUUACAUCUGAUUUCCGCUAGUUCAUACAACUCCCCUGCUCUCCAACUCCUUCUCUUGCAUCCUGACAUGAAUCCUUACCUGGUAAACUCAAGUGGAGACACAGCAGAUCAAAUUGCAAGAAGAACAACCAAAAAUUAUCCAAUGUUUGAAAUGAUUGAGCCUUGCCUAAAUGAGAUAUAAGGUCAGUAUGACGUUAAAUUGACAAAUUUCGGAGUACCGUUGCUGAGACGCUUAGAUCCUUCCCAAAUGAG